AUGGUUGAACAUUUCAUUCCACUUCUAGAAUUAUCACAUUCACCAAGGAUUGUAAAUGUCUCCUCCUCUUCCUAUGGAAUAUUAAAGAAUUUGGAGAAUGAAUGGGCUAAAGGAAUAUUGAGUGAUGUUGAAAACCUAACAGAAGAGAAAAUCGAUGAAGUGCUUAAUCAGUAUCUAAAUGAUUUCAAAGAGGGAUUGCUGGAAACCAAAGGGUUGCCUACAACAUUGUCAGCAUAUAUGAUUUCAAAAAUAGCCAUGAAUGGCUACACAAGGAUUUUGGCCAAUAAAUACACAAGUUUUUGCAUCAAUUGUGUGUGUCCAGGAUAUGUUAAGACAUAUAUUAACUAUAAUAAUGGCAUAUUAAGUACUGAAGAAGGAGCUAAAACCCCGGUUAAGGUUGCAUUGUUUCUGGAUGGUGGUCCUUCUGGAUGCUUCUUUGAUAGAGAUGGUAUCCUGUCGUUCUAA